AUGGAACCUCUGCUAUCACGCCUCAUCGUCCAGGCGGCACCUCGAUCAAGCACCGUCUGCCAACGUACCUGGACGCCAAGCUGUCGUGUGCCAACAACCACAUCGGCGCACGCGACCCUACGGAUACGAUAUUUCUCAUCGUCACAAGGUUCUCUACUACCAAAGGAACGCAAACACUUCGAUACCGCGUCAGCAACCGACAGCUCCUACUCCCGCCCUGCGACCGAGCAAUCCCAACAAGUGACGAGUGAAGAGAAGGACCACUUCUCCGUCGUCGAGAAAGAGUCGAAGAAACUGCAAACGCGCUCGCCUUGGAUGCAUGAAGGAGCCGAUGUUGCUCCCGUUCGAAAAUACCGCUCAGCGGGCGCGAUGACCAAGGGCAAAUUGCUCACCACGCCCAGCCGAAUGCUGAAGCUGAUACUGCCCCUUACAACACGAGACGCGAACCAGGAUCGCAAAGAUGUGGAGCCUUUGGCGUUGCUGGUGCAUCCACAGCAGCCGCUGAGUUAUCUGGAGAGGUUGAUACAGAGUGAGCUGCCGUUUCUGUGGGAUGAGAAGAAGGGGAGAGAACGCGCGCCGGAGAUUGUUUUCAGGGCGCAGGAUAGUAUGGAGGAGGGGGAUGGGAAGCAGAGAGUAGAGGGUAAGGAGCAGCUUGAAGAAGAGGAAUUGGAGGAUGCAGAUGAGACGGUCGUAGAUGGGAAGGUUGAGAAGACGGGGAAGAUCAGUGGUGGGCGGGAAGAGAAGAUAAGAAAGGAUGAUCAAGAGUUGGAGAAGCAGGAGGAAGGUCAGGAUGGUCAACGCGGUCGUUUUGUGAGAUGGAGUCCUAGCACGGAGAUUGGCGACUUCAUUCGUGACGCCGCUACGGGGAAAGAGUUUGCUGUUGAUAUCGAAGGUGCCCCGGAGCCCAUCUACAUCGGCGUCCCAUCUUUCCACGACAGGACCUACUACCUCCGCAUGCGACUACGAAAAGUCGCAAAGCGCAUCUCCAACAUGGCAGAUGUCAAGCGAGAGUGCGACGAACUGGCGCAUCGCGGAGCCAAGAACGUCGCUCGACUGGGUUUCGGUGCCUUGCUGGGUUGGUGGGGAUUGGUAUACUACCUGACCUUCAGAACUGACCUGGGCUGGGACGUCAUGGAACCCGUCACAUACCUCGUCGGUCUUUCUGGUCUGAUCGGCGGUUACAUGUGGUUCCUCUACCACAACCGUGAAGUAUCCUACCGGAGCGCCAUGAACUUCACAGUCAGUCGAAGACAGGAUCAGCUGUACAAAUCUAAAGGCUUCGACCUCCCCCAGUGGGAGAUGCUGAUCGAAGAAGGCAAUCGUCUGAGAAGGGAGAUCAAGUUGGUCGCAGACGAGUACGAUGUUGAGUGGGACGAGACGAGAGACGAGGGCGACGAGAAGGUCAGAGAGGCUUUGAGGAAGGAAAGGAAGAAGAAAGGUGAAAAGAGCGAGGAAGGCAAGAAGGAGAAGGACGAUGAUGAGGACGAUGAUUGA